AGAUAGAUAAGGAAAGAAAAUGACAGAGAAAGAUUUAAGAAUCUGAACUCUUAUCACGCACCAAUUAGACGUUGUUCAUCUUGCAGUUGAAUAGAUCUGGUGAUUUUAAAAUUGUGGAAGAGGAUCUUCGACAAAGAACAAUGCAUAAGAAAGGAAUAAUUAUGGUACUGGCUGUGUGCUUAUUAAUUGCUGUGGCAGACGCUCAGCUGUCUCAUAAAGAAGGACAUUGUCCAUUAAGAAACAGUGUUUCAAAAUGCACUCCUAAAUGUGUUUCGGAUUUUCAAUGCUCUUUUAAUGAGAAAUGCUGUCCAAAUAAAUGCGGAAGUGAGUCAUGUGUUUCAGCGAGUCCCGUUAGUACCGGCAAUGGAUAUAAAGGAUCAUCGAAUGACGACGUUUAUUGUGGCGGAGUAAAAUGCGGUCCGUACCAAAAGUGUAAAUUCGAUCGUAGAACGAAACGCGAAAAAUGCGUUCGUACAUAAACGAUUCUCUGAAAUAUAACAAUAUUAUUUUUUUAUAAAAUAAAUAAACAUUUGUUUUAAUUA